UCAUUUUUAUGUCUGGGAAGUUCAGCUCUAGAUCUAAGCAACGCCACGUCUGUUAUACAUUAUGCACUAUACUGUAAGACUUCAUCGGUAGCAUUUCGACACUUGUUUAGCUUUCUAGCUCUCCACGAAUGUGCCCGGGAAGAACAGUUGGUAUAAUCCGUGCCAUCAGGCUACAACAACCCAGCAUAGAAUACACUCUAAACACUGCUCAUGCAGCAACACCCACGACGCUUCGUUCAUGCGGGCAGGGUGGCUCAACCUGGGCUGUCUGGGUUCUGGAAAUGCCCUUGCUUGGCCAGGCAGGCGUUCAAACAGCCAUGCCUUGUUCUAAUGACGUGCUUGUUACUUCCUCUUUUACACGGAGAUACUUCCUACUUAAAGGCAACGCUGUUGCUUAACAUGUGUGGCCGGUGCACAUACAGUUGGACCAACUAUCAUGGGCCAACUCUGAAGGCUGACACCCAGAAGUCCGCUUCGCAAGGUCGACCAACCAACACGACUUUGUAGCUACAAGGUUUUCAACUUCACUAAAUAGAGGUACAUUAGACUACUCAACAGUACUAUUCUCCAAGAUCAAAAGAUCAAAUGCUAGU